GGCCACCAUUUGGAACCGUGCAUUCACAUGGCGUAACCGUUCGUGGCUCGUCAUUAUUUGUAACCAUAGUGCAUGAAUUACCCCUUGAGGUCAUCAGUGAGAAUUUACGACUGGUCAACAAAAGCACGUGAUUGCGACUCGCACCCCCCAUAUUUGGCCGCAUACAUAGAACCGAACGAAGUACAGUCAUUUCUAUAAUUCAUUAAUAUAUCAUAAAUCGUGCAGGACUGGGUUAUAACGACUAACAACCACAAAUCAACCCAAAAAAACCCAAAUGAGCUCUUACUUUGUAAACUCAUUCUCCGGUCGCUAUCAAAAUGGCCCGGAUUAUCAGUUACUUAAUUAUGGGUCGAACAGCUCCGAGAACGGACCAUACAGGGAUUCAGGCACCAUGCAUUCAGGCACUUACGGCUACAACUACAAUGGUAUGGACCUUAGCAUCACCCGUUCAGCUUCAUCUAACCACUUUGGAGUGGUUAAUGCCGAAAACUCCAGAAGCUAUUCUCCAGCUACAGAAACCAGGUUCAGGCAAGCAACGAGCUGCACCCUCUCAUCUCCAGAACCCCUCUCUUGUUCCGGCAAGGACAAUCACGGAGCCAAGGGUUCCCCAUCCGACCCGACUACCUCCUCUAGUUCAGCGAGUAAUUUUACAGAAAUGGACGAGGCCGGAGCAUCCUCGGAUGCCGAAGAGGGCACUCAAGCCAACAACACCAACAGCCAUCCCAGGGCACAACAGCAAGACGCAACACAGGCAACAACACCAGAACAGCAGCCACAAAUAUUCCCUUGGAUGAGAAAGCUACACAUUGCCCAUGAUGGUAUGGGUGGACCCGACGGGAAAAGAGCCAGGACUGCUUAUACUCGUUUUCAGACCCUGGAGUUGGAAAAGGAGUUCCACUUCAACAGAUAUCUAACCCGACGGCGGAGGAUAGAGAUUGCUCACGCUCUGUGCCUCUCUGAACGGCAGAUAAAGAUUUGGUUCCAGAACCGGCGAAUGAAAUGGAAAAAGGACAACAAGCUGAAAAGUAUGAGCAUGUCGGCUGGAGCAAGCGCUUUCCAACCCUAACAAAUAGCGUGAAAGACACCGUGCACCAGUACUGUACAGCCAGGCACCUUCCUACACCCACCUCCCCCUCCCCCCACC